AUGCCUGAAGAAGUCGCCCCGACUGUCAACGAAGUGGCCGAUGCCCAAACCAUGCCGAAACGCAAGCGGAAAGAGAAAGUUCAACCCCCGUUCGACCGAUUUGUCAAGAACGAGAACGAGUGGCGUAUUGCGAAAGCCAAACGCAAUGCUCGUAUGAAUCGAAAUUGUGCUAAAUCAUCGUCGUCAUCCAAAAACGACAGUAACCAAGCCCAAUCAACCAAAUAA